AUGCCUUUCAGCACAACAUCAUGCCCCACGGGGAACAUGAAGGACUAUGCGUCUGAUUGGGUAGAGAGCGACGAUCUUCAUGGUUCGGGGCUAUCCAUCGGAAAUUACUUCACGAGACAGCGGACAAACAAUCGUAUUCUGUGGGGUGUUUUCCUCUUUUCUCAUGUGAAGAUUCAUACCAAGCGAACAAAUGAGUCUCUUUCUCCAGGAAAUGUUUCAAAGGAGCCCGCUGUUACAUUCGGGAUGAUGCUGGAUCGGCGUCGUCGAUCCCGAACCGAGUAA